AUGGGCAAGGUCCCAUUUGCAGAAGUUCCUCCUCAACAAUGUCGGUCGGACGAUGUGUUCAUCCCGAUUUCAGAAGUUCAAUAUACGAAGCUUAUUCAACCAUGGAAUGAGGCCAUUAUAUGUAAGGUCGUCGGAAAAUCAUUCUCCCAAGAAUUCCUAUCGAAGGAGAUGCAGAAAUUAUGGCCAUGGAAGGCAAGUGUCAAGCUUAUAUCUCUUAGUAAGGGCUUCUACAACCUUAUUUGUGAUUCGGCCACCGAAAAAGCCAGAAUUUUGGUCGACGGUCCAUGGUUCAUCAUAGGUUCACUCAUUUGGGUCCAACCAUGGCAAGCUGGAUUUAAACCAUCCCUUGCUGCUAUAUCUCACUACCCCAUAUGGAUUAGUUUACCUGAACUCUCACUUGAAUUUUUUUGCAAGGACAUUCUCCACUCUAUAGGGAAUUCAUUAGGUAGCCUGGUCAAGAUUGAUGCUCACUCCCUGGAAGGAGAUAGAAAGCGAUUUGCUUCGGUUUGUGUGUUGAUGAAGGCAAACCAGUGCGUUCCGGGACGGGUAUGGGUUGGUGCUACUUGCCAUGAGCUUGUGUAUUCGGAUUCCCCGUGGUUGUGUCAUAGGUGCAGGAAAAUUGGCCAUAAUAUGAAGAGAUGUCCAUUAGCUCAGCCGGACGUGGGCAAGGGUGUUGGGUCCACCAUUAAUGGUGAAGGAAUAGGUGUGAAGAAAGGAAACCCAUUGGUACCUGCAUGGGUUUACGUGGGUGGGAAAAAUAAAAAUAGAAAGGUUGACUUUGCAAGGAAAAAAGAAAGAAGUAGGGGCCCACCUAAUCCUAAGUGGAAAGAGAAAAAAAUGGGGGCUGAUGUCUCUGAAGUGGAGAGAGAAAAAGUAGGCAAGGAUGGUCCCAUCCUUCUGUCCACACGCCUAGUCCCAAGGAAUUAG